AUGAAAGUUCGUGCAUCUGUAAAGAAAAUGUGUCCUAAGUGUCGUGUUAUUCGCCGUCAUGGGAAAGUAAUGGUAAUCUGUAGUAACCCUAAGCACAAACAGCGUCAAGGAUAA